AUGACACAACGAGUUCGACGAGACAUCAACGACCUGGUGGCAGACUAUGCCAAUGGUAACACCAAGCCAAUGGAUGAUCUCAUCACCGCAUGGGCCGGCAUUCAAGCCCUUGAUCCAGGCGACGACAAUUCUUUCUUCAAGAUAGCAGGGUACCAUGGCAUGCCAUUCAGAGGCGCCGGAUGGGGGAACUUGCAAUGGUGGGGAGGCUAUUGCCACCAUGGUAAUGUCUUAUUCCCAACCUGGCACAGAGCCUAUCUUUUUCGACUCGAGGAGGCACUUCGCACGAUCGUCCCGACAGUGACUCUACCUUUCUGGAAUGAGGCCAACAACGUUACGGCUACUGAUGGCAUUCCUGACAUUUUCUUGCAAAGGUCUUACAAGUUGAAUGGUGAAGAAAUACCGAAUCCACUAUAUUCGUACACCUUGCAGAAGGAUCUCAUUGACAAUUUGGCCGUUGAUGGGGCCAUCAAUCCCUACAACUAUUCCAAGAAAGCCACGUACACAACAGUCAGGUACCCUCAGGCUGGGCUAGUAGGCACGGCCAAGGACCAAGCUACAAGCGAGGCCCAAAACAAAUUGUACUCUGACCCCGUACAGAACGCUAAGUUGUUGAACGAAAACGUGAAGACCUGGUUGUUGCAAGAAACCUAUGUGGGUAGUGACGGCUCGAAGACUGAUGCCGGAACACGUAAGAAGUAUGCUAAUUGCCUGAAUGCUCCGAAUUACACAGUAUUUUCCAACACUACUUCAGCACAGGCAUGGAACCAGGAGAAAUCAUCACAAGACCCGACUAUCGUGCCUCUGGAGUCGCCGCACAACGAUAUGCAUCUUGCUGUCGGUGGGUUUGAGGUCCCAAAUUUCGAUGCCAGUCAUAUCCACGGCGCUCAGGGUGACAUGGGCGAGAAUGAGACCGCAGCUUUCGACCCUAUUUUUUUCUUCCACCAUUGUUGGGUGGACAACACCUUUUGGCAGUGGCAAGUGAAGCAUAAUAAAGAGCAGAAUACUAUGCAUGCACUGUCCCUUAUAGAAAAUUACCCGGGAACCAACUCGGUUGACAGCCAAGGACCAACCCCUGGUGUGGCGGGCGGAACCUGGCUCACUCUGGACAGCCCUCUCUACCCCUUCAAAAGCCCCUUCGAUUCCACCGCGUGGGCUACUUCGACCGAGAUGACCAACAUUAUCAAACUGGGCUACAGCUAUGAGAACGUCCCUGUGGGCUCCCCAUUGUUGGGUACGAUGCCAGUCAAACCCGCCCAGGUCGUCGCUCAUCUCUCCGGUGUUAACAAAGCCGAUGUUCGGGGCUCAUUCAUGGUCGGUGUGUUCGGUACCAUUGCUGGUAAAGAGCAGUUGCUUGGCAUGGAGAGUAUCCUGAGUCGUUGGCAUAUUGAUGGCUGUGGAGCAUGCCAGGUUCAUUCUAACGUGAAGGUACACCUCCCGCUGCAUGGAAUUACACAUGAUGAUGUGGACAAAGCAGACUCGAACUUCUACGCCAGAGUCAUCACCAGAGGCGGAUUGGAUAGUCAGGCCAAAAAUGGAGACGAGCUCAAGCCGCUCUUAUCGAUCAUCAAGAAGCAAGUCUGA